AUGGCUCCUUCCGUCGCAGAAAUCCAACAAGAGCAGGUCGCUCCAGUCGUCACCAAGCAAGCACCAGUAGUCGCAGUACCAGAGGCUCAACAGAGACAUCGGCAGAUGCUCCAGCCCGAAGAGUCCGCAGGCAAAUCGACGAAGAGGGAGGAACUACCACAGCAAAAAACCCACACUACCUUCCGGUUUACUACUAUGACCAGAACAAAAUACACCAAGCUGGCCCCCGCAACCGGCUCCGAAGUCAGCGGCGUGCAACUCAGCCAGCUCUCCGCCGCCGGCAAGGACCAACUCGCCCUCGUCGCCCAGCGCAAGGUCGUCGCAUUCCGUGACCAGGACUUUGCCGAUCUCCCCAUCAAAGACGCCCUCAACUUCGGCAGCUACUUCAUCCACCUCGUCCACCGCGUCGGCAGCAAAGGUGAGCUGGACAACUUCUUCGCCGGCCGCAAUGUCUCCUACGAGGCGCAACCCCCCGGAACCACCUUCCUCUACGUCUUCGACACCCCCGAGACCGGCGGCGACACCGCCUUCGUCAACCAAGUCGAGGCCUACAACCGCCUCUCGCCCGCCAUCAAGCAGCGCCUCCACGGCCUCAAGGCCGUCCACUCCGGCAUCGAGCAAGCCGAGUUCAGCCACAAGCGUGGCGGCGUAGUGAGGAGGCAUUUGGCGCGCAUCCCUCAGGCUGAGAGGCCAGUGGAGACUCCAUAUGUAGCGGAGAGUGAGCCAUGA